ACACAGUAGAUAACCAAAACUAGCCUCAAGUAUUCCAAGCUGCGGGCUCAAGUUCCUGUACUGAAGAAAGCUGUGCUAGAUGAACAGUCAAAAGAAGCACAGCUAAAGGAACAUGUCAAGGAGAAAGAUCAGGCUAUACGAAAGUUCCAACAAGAGAUUGAGAGUCUCGAUUUUCGAAAUGCUCAGCUGACGAAACGUGUCACUCUCCUCCAGGGUGAGCUUGAUGACAUGUUGGCUCGCAAACGAAAUAAGAACAGACAAGGGCAAGCACAGUCUCCGUUGUCCUGUGCAACUGCCACGACUAACAACAGUGUCCUCAGUGAGGAACUGCAGAGUAAGAUCGAGGAGAACGCCCAGCUGCACACGGAGUUGUACGAGAAAGAAGCAGUAUACAAGAAGACUGUGAUGGAGCUUCGUGAUCGGAUUGCUAACCUAGAACACCACACGGCACAGCACGAUAGUGUUGUCAGGACGACCGACAUAAAGCAUCGAAGUCUGGUGGAUAAGCUGCAGCAAGAUAAAGCAAUCCUAGAGGUUAAAUUGCAGAAAAGUGAAAAGGAAACUCAUCAUGCAAAGCUGGAAGCCUCUACAAGCGAGGAACAACUGAGGACUGUGCAUGGGGAGUUGAGUACUUCUCUGCAGGCAGCCACACAUAUCAUACAGGAGAAACUUCCAUUCAAUGACAGUAAGGUCAUCGAGCUGUCAGCUGUAAAUGUGAUGCCGUACAACCGACUCCAGCAAGAUAAGCUGCAGGAGCUUGUCGCACAACUAGCCAGCUUAGUGAAAGAGUUUUCGUCGACCUUCUCCAACUACCACACUUACACGGAACAGCGUUGCCAAAUAUACCCAAUAGAUGGCAGCACUGAGCACAUGAGCAAUGUUAAUGUACAGCUUUGCAAAUUCUUACAUGAAAACAGCCAGUACCUUCGAGCUGUUGAACUCUCCUUCAGGAGUUUUCAGGAGACAGUGAGAGAUGACACAAUGACAACGCUAGAUACUGCAUCAGGCUUAAAAACAUUUGCAAGUAGUUUCCAUGAAUAUGUGACAUAUCAUGAAAAAUUACUACCUUACCAGCUACUGAGUAUUGAAGAGGAGAGCAAAGCUUCUACCUGCACUAAGGCCCUGAAGGAGAAGAAUUCUGAGCUGCAUAAUGCCGUGGCUAAACUGCUGACAGCACUGACACGCGUCGACUCUUGCCUAGCUCUUUUAGGUCACCAGAGUGAGCAGUCAUGUGAUUUUGUGCGAGCGAAUCAGCCUCGGAUGCUGGAGCAACUUGCUCUGACUGUGCAAGACUUAAAUGACAAGGUGAAGGAUCUGUCGAAAGUUUACAAGUCAAAAAUUCUGCUAGAGCAUCAGCUACCAACUGCAAGCAAGAAGUUGAGAACUACAAAUGAAUGUCUUGUCUCUUCACUAAUCUCACUCGUAACAUGCACUGGGAAGAUCUCAACAUUUCUGGCCUCGAAUCUGGUAUUUCUAAAGAGCACGAUUCCACGAGAUGGUCAUAGAGCUUUACCAAUAGGUGGCGCUCUGCGACAGCAGGCUGCUGAGUACAUGAAACUGCUCAAUAGGCCUGUUCGGGAGAGCAUUCCCUACGAGACGGCAGUGAGUAACAGCAGGACACUACAGAGCUGCUCAGAGAGCAGGGAGAAUCUUUCUCAACAGGUCACGUAUUUGACGGAGAGAAUCAGCAAGCUGGAACAGGAGAAGGAGCAUUGGAUGCUGGAGGCAAAACUGCUGCAGAUUCGCUUGGAGAAGAUGAUAUCAGAUGCUCCAAAUUUUGUGCAGCCAGCCAGUGACACAGCCCAGCAGCAGCACCAGCAGAAAGAUAACAACACAGAUGUUGCUAGUUCAUCCAGUGAUUACCACAUGAGGGAGACGCUCAUUCGUACGCAUUUCAAUGAUAGGAUAUCAGCCAUAUCACAAGACCUUCAGCUUGCUGACAGUAAAAGUGUAUUGUUUCAUGCAGAGCUGAAAACUUUGCACCGGCGACUGCAGCUUGCGGAGUGUGAGAGGGACCAGCUCAUAGUUCAGGUCUCUAGCCUAAAGGAUGAGCUGCAGACCACAACGAAGAAUUACGAGGGGCAGUUGAGUAUGAUGAGUGAUCAUCUGUGUACAAUGAACGACAAACUAACCCAGCAGACGGACACGAUCACGGAACUAAAUGAACUGCUACAUAGCAAGCAAUCUAGGAAGUUACAACUGCGGGGGAAGUAGCACAGAUUUCGACACAUGCUAAGCAAGUACCACUGUGGAUACACCUUUCACUCACAAACCUGUUAAAUAUGUAGUAUGUGUAUAUCUCGUAACUGCACUUCGUAACCAGGAAAAUGAUCAUUUGUGUGUAUAUAAAGCUGUGUUCCUGACCUACUGUCACAGUUGAUGUUAUUAAUUGAUUGUGUUGAAUAACUUGCAUCUGUCUAACAUAUAUAGACACAGAAAAUUGAAGAUUGCAGUUGACAAUGCCAAUGUGGGCAGUGGUAGAAUUAAGUUACAUUAACACGUCUGCUAUUAUAUAGCCCUUGGCCCCGAUUAGCCUUGUAAAAGUGGCCAAACCAACAUGCCAGGUUUGUUAAUCAUCGUUUCCAAAAUAAUUCAACAAUUUGUAAAAUUCUAUACCUGUAACAGGAUCAAAUUAAUUGUUAGGUUAUUGUUAACUCAUGGUGAGUAAAUGAAAGGGCCAGAUUAUUAAAUAAUGACAAAUUGUUCAUAGAUUGCCUGAAUCAGUUUGUCUGAUCAUGUACUGAACUUAGAAUGUAUUAUAAAUAAAGACAUGCUUAUAUCCAUAGGCUGUCUUUUAUAUUGAUAUUUAUAUAUAUCGAAUAAUUAGUUUCAACUUAAUAUAUUUUGUUAUUGGUUUGCUUAUUCACAGUAUUUGACCAAAAGCUGCAGUUAGUAAGCUUCUCGUGAAAUACAUAGAUUAUCAUGAAUUUAUAUUUUUACAGGCGUACUAUAAACCUCCAUGACAAUUAGAUGUAUUAUUCUACGUUCUAAUGCUUCAGCUCAGAUUAAAAAAUGUCUGCUUUGUUUGCGUUUGUGUAUAGUGGCGUAACUAUGGCGAUCACAAUAUGUUUUAUUGCUCCAUUCCUAUGUGUUGCUGACCCUGCAAAUGACGUGUUAUGGUCUUUUAAUGAUCCAAUAAUUAGGUACCCGAUAUUCAUGGAGGUGAUGAUAUUUCGUGCGCGUGUUGCGUGCUCAUGCUAGGCAUUGAGAGGUAGAUUUAUUGUACUUAGCCAAGAUGGCAACAACGUGUGAUGUUAAAGUUCUUUUAGACAAAUAAAAGAGACCUCAACAACGGUUGCAAAAACCUA